CCUCUGGAAGGCAAAGUUAUGCCUCAGGAGAGUUUACGGUCAAAACUAUGCCAUAGAGUUUACAGUAAAAUUAUGCCUAGUUUGAAGCAAACUUUAUGAUUUUUUUUUAAUUUUUGACUGAAGGUUCGAAUUCCAAAUCAAAGAAUUUUUAGGGAGAACAAAAAUUAAGGACCACCCCCGAAGAAGCACAAUCGUGCAAAUUGCCCAUUUCCAUUCCUUCGUUCCACUCAAAAACGUUUUUCCUCUGUAAAAUAAAAUACCAAACAACUCCAUUGAAGUGCCCAAAGCACAAUAGCCGUUUGUUCUGAUUAAGAAUGUAGAGUAAUUUGAUUCACAGGUGAAACAUGCACAAGUGAACAUUCAAGACUCGGAACAUUUACACAACAUUAGCAUUUCUGAGGUUUAAGAAGGAUUUAUGGACAUUCGGGAUUGAUGAUGGACAAGAAAUUAGUGAUAUGUAUUCAGUAAAGAACUAGGCUUCAAGCAUGCAGCUAAAUUUUCUCAGUUCUUGAAGAAAGAGAAAGGAAAAUAACCAAAUCGAGAAGAACAGAGAUAUUCUGACCCACUUGAACAUAUCCGCCAGCGGAGAAAAAUGUCGGAGUAUUUGCCACAGGAAUUGAUGCUUGACAUCUUCACAAGACUGCCCAUUAAGUCAAUACUUCGAUGCACAAGUUUGUGCAAGUCAUGGUACUCUCUUCUUACUAGCUCUAAUUUUAUCUCCAUGCAUCUCAACCGAAAACAAGAUGAGCACAUCUUAGUUCGACAUUUCUCUAGAAACCCCGAAAAAGAAAUAUAUAGUUUAUUCUGUGACAAUGAGAAUUUGGAUCAGUAUGCCCAGUAUGAUUUGCCAUUUAACUGCAGUAACUUUUUCUUUAAUAUUGUGGGUAGUUGUAAUGGGAUUUUCUGCCUUAACGAUGAGAUGAGCUUUUGUAGUGCUUUCUAUCUUUGGAACCCGUCUAUCAGAAAGUCCGUAAAACUCCCAAAUCCUACAUUUAGGGCAGACGGUAGUUUUGAUCCUACGCUGGGGUUUGGAUUCGAUCCUGUUACAAACGACUACAAGGUGGUAAAAGUAUUACACACUACUUAUGGUAUGCCACCUACUGCUGAGCUUUAUAAGCUCAGCACAGGUGUUUGGAAAGACAUUAGUCAUGUAGCUCUGUCUCAUGUAUUCUUUUCCCGCGCACCGCGGGUGUACCUGAAUAGAGCUUCCCAUUGGGUUGCUUCCAGGUGGGAAGAAGGAUCAAUUCGGAGUGUGAUUGUUUCGUUUGAUAUGCAUGAUGAGACAUUCUCGGUGAUAAUGUUACCUAGUUUAGUUAGUGAGAUAAAGCAAUAUUGUGAAGGAACAAACCUUUUUGUGUUAGAUGAGUCACUUUGUUUGGUUAAUUAUAACUAUGACGGCACAAUUGAUAUGUGGAUGAUGAAAGAGUAUGGUGAAGCAGAAUCAUGGGUGAAACAAUACAACAUUAGUUCUCGUCGCAUUCCAUAUCAGCCCGAGGUUAGUCAUUACUUGAUAAAGCUAAUAGCUACUAGAAAAAAUGGUGAAAUGUUGUGGGCAGAAAACGAUGGACUAUUGUUGUCAGUUGAUCAUGCAAAUCAAAAGAUAAAGGAUCUUGGCGUUCGUGACUCUCUAAAUACCAAUUACCUGUCUCACUAUUCACUUUAUGUUAAUUCUUACAAAGAGAGUCUUGUUUUACUUGAUAAAUGGAGAGAUUAUUGUGCUGAAGACGCUUGUGAAGAGUCAUUCAAUUCACGAAAGAGAGAGCUCAAACGUUGGAGAAAGAAGUUGUUAAAGACAAACGCCAAAAGGAGGCUACGGGUUGUAUCUCUCUUGCACAUCAGUGGACUGCUGUAUCUGUCAAAAACGAAAGGGAAAUGGUCGCGGAGAAAAGAAAGGAAGAAAAGUGUCAGGCUGAUGCUGUAGAGCUUAUUUGAUGUAUCGGAAGGUCAAAAAUUCCCGUAGGAGUUCAGUAAGUGCAUGGCAAGUUUUGGUACUCUACAGUACUGAAUUAUUUGAUUUAAAGACAAGCUGUAAGUGACUGUAACUAUAAUUAUCUUAACUACUUUCUAGGUAGAUGUUUUGGGUUCAUGAUACUUCUAAACCCUUGUGUGAUAAUUUUUCACCUAUCUUGAAAUAUGGUGAAAAACCGACUGACUACCUCUGGCCAAGUUUGUCGGUAGUAGGAUGCUUAUUGGUAAUACCGAAACCUCUUCUAAGCCUUGUGUGACAUUUCCAUCUUGAAAUUUGGUGAAAAAACUUAGUGAUUCUAGUCAAAUUUGUCAGUAGCACUAGCAGGACACUUAGUGGUAACCGAAAACCAUUUAUAUGAACAGAAUUUAGUUUGCUUUAUCAUAUGCUUUGUCAGAGAAUUCCUUUUGUUGUAUUUUGUUGAUCUUACUGCGGGGUGUGAUUGGCUAAUGCUUGUUGGUUCCUCCAUCUUCCAAUUUACUUUACGUCUUCCUGGUAGGAUUUUAGCCUUUUUCUUAGCUGAAGAUUUCAAUUCUAGUUGGCAUUAGCAUGCAUUUGUAUUUCGGGUUUCUCAGAUGCACUAGAAUGUUCAUGUAGCCACUAUUUGCUUAAACAUUUUUGCUUUAAGAUAGGAAAUUCCUUGGGUUUCUUUGUCUGGUAGCUCCAACGCAUUGCUUUAGUAUUUGCUUGUUCUGCGAUAGAACACUACAACUACAACAACAACAACAUACCCUGUGAAAUCUCACAAAGUGUACGCAGACCUUACCCUACCUUGGAAGGUAGGGAGCCUGUUUCCGAAAGACCCUCGUCUCGAGAGAAAACAUGGCAAAGAAGGUCAGAUAGGGACAAACAAUUCAAAGCAGUAUGAAAAUGAAAAUAACGAAAGCGAAAAAGUCAUGAUAAAGCAGUCUGGUAAAAGGAGCAUUAGCUAACACAGAUAAAUUAGAUAUUUGAAGUACAAGAAACAACGGUUAGUAGCACAAAUCAGAGGACAAGAAACUAAAGAGCAAAACUGCAACUACUAGUACAAAAGGAGAAGUGGGACUACCUACUAACCUUCUACCCUAAUAUGAGUCCUCCAUAACCUCCUACAAACAGUGAAAUGAAUGCUAUGAUUAGCUUAUAAUUGUAGUUGACACUGGUUAAUGUUAGUCAAAAUUUUAGUCCAACAAUGAAUCAACAUGUAUACGUUGAAGCUUUGAACCUUUGUGCAGAAUAGUAGAGGAGUAGAGUCAAAUACUAGUAAUUCUCUAUGAAUGCUUGUAUUCUUAGGCUGCAAUUAAAAUUCGACUCCGCAAGCUGAAGGUCCAGCUUUGCAAGCCACUCAAAAUUUUACUUUCAGCUUCAUUUUCAGUUGUUAUCAAAUAUUUUAUAUUUGGGAGAUGAUGUUGCCAUCUAAGUUUAGUUGAAAAGUUUGGUUUCCUGUAGUCUUAUUUGUACCGGAGUAGUCACCCCGUCUGGUGGAUUGCUCCUUCGAAGAUCACCAAACGGUUGAUAUUUGCAAGAGUAUGAGAACCAGAGUGUGGGGCAAAAUGAUUUAGCAUCAUUUUUCAUCACAUUAAUAGCAUUAAUAUUCUUGCUGAUGAUUUUUUUGGAUAGUGAAUGGAGAAGGUAUUGGAUUUCUUAUGAGAGUGAGGUUGCUCAUUGCUUAGGAACUGCAAUAGCUACAAGGACGAAUGGUGAAUUUUUUUCGUGGAGAGCGUGUACUGUGGAUUCUUGGUUCAACAGGACCAUGCAGUGAAUAAUUAUGAAUCUUGGCAUUCAUGACUCUACGAGUAAUGCCUAUAAGGAAAGCCUAAUUUUAAUUGAUAAACAAACAGGUUAUUGAGAUGGAAACACUUGUGAACAUCAGUCAUCUGGUUCAGGCAAGGAGAAGUUUCAACUUUAAAGUUGGGAUGAGGAAGUACCUAGGGUAAAAAACUAAAGGAGAACACAAUGCUUUGAAUCUCCUUUCUUCUUCAGAGGAUUGAUAUGGAUGUCUAAAAUGGAAGGACAAGUGGUAGCAAAAAGAAUGAAAGGAAUAAUAUAUAGGAAGUUAAACGACCUUCCUGUCUAUUUAUAGCCUGUAGUUAUGCUCUAGUUGCCCCACUUGUGGCAUUACACUGGCUAUAUUGUUGUUGUUGUGCUCUAGAUGGUUUAUAAUGUAUUGCUAAUUUGUAGUUCUUGUUAGGCACAAAAUACGGUACAAGGUUAAGAGACAAGUUGAUUACUUGAAUUCUGUGGUUUUUGCACCUAUUUUUUAGUAUGGCAAGAACUGAUUCUUAUAGUUCCUCAGUUGCACUCCAGUGGUUGGAUGUUUAUUGAUGGAAUUUAUUCAUCUUAUGGAUGUUAUGCAAUUUCUGUUAUAUUUUCCUUUGACCAUACAACGAUAGGAUUAAUAACAGACUCAUAACUUUUCUGAUUUUUUUGUAUACUAAUUUCUCUAUUCUACUUGCAGACGUAAUUUUACAGGGAAUCUAACAGGCUCUUGGGUAAUCUCUAUUUAGCAGUUCCGCAGCAUAGCUUGUUAUGAGCUCAAAUUGUAGUAGUGUAAUUAGCUUAGCUGGACAAAUCAGUUAAAACAGUUAGAACUAAUGGAUGUAGCUUAGCUGGACAAAUCAGUUAGAAUCAGUUAGAAGUCCAGUCAGUUAGAAUCAGUUAGAAGUCCAGAAAAUCAGUUAGAAGUAGUUAGUUACAGAUCCAAAAAACAGUUACAAGUCUGUAACUGCAUUUGCUACCUAACUCAACUAUAUAGAUCUACUUCUCCAUUGUGUAAGGCAUGUUUUGGAUGAUCAAUGAAAGAAUAACUCAAUUCUAGUCUA